CUCUCGGCGAAGGCAGCGCCCGCGCUGCAGUCGCCGGGCCCGGGCAGCGAGCAUCCUCCCUUCUCCGUUCUUCCCUUCGGCCCUAGUCGCCGCAGCCCCGCGGUGAUGAGCCCCGAGCCAGUCCCGCCGCCGCCCCCCUGUCGUGGCUGCGACUGCGGGGAGCCGCUCGCCCAGCGGGUGGAGAAGGGCGACGAGGCCUUCCGCGCGGGCGAGUACGAGACGGCGGCCGAGCUCUUCCGCUCCGCGCUGGCCGGCUUGGCGCGGCCCGACCGCGGCCUGUGCCUGCGGCUGGGGGACGCGCUGGCCCGCGCCGGCCGCCUCCCCGAGGCCCUGGGCGCGUUUCGCGGCGCCGCGCGGCUCGGGGCGCUGCGGCCCGACGAGCUGGGGGAGCUGGCGAGCGGCCUGGCGUGCGUCCCGGGCCCGCGCGAGCGGCGGUCGCCGGUGGGGAAGCCGGGCCGCGACCCCGGGGAGGCGCCGAGCGGGGAGCCGUCGGCCUCGGUGCCCGCGGCGCCUCGGGACCUGCUGGACUGCCCGCGCUGCCAGCGGCUGCUGCACAAGCCGGUGACGCUGCCGUGCGGGCUCACGGUGUGCAGGCGCUGCGCUGAGCCGGGGCCGGGCCGGCCGCCGGUGCGCCGCGUCAACGUGGUGCUGAGCGGCCUGCUGGAGAAGUGCUUCCCGGCCGAGUGCCGGGCGCGCAGGCUGGCGGGCCAGGUGCAGAUCCUGCAACGCCAGCAGCAGCCCGAGGCCGCUCUGCUCAGGUGCCACCAGGCCCUGGACCUCGCUCCUGGUGAUAAUUCGUUAUUGCUGCUGCGAGCAGAGCUGUAUUUAUCCACGAAGAACUAUGAACAGGCUCUGCAGGACGCCAGUGCAGUUUGUCAGAAUGAACCUCUCCUGCCUAAGGGACAUCACGUGAAAGCUCUGGCUCUUUCCGGACUGGGAAGAAGUAAGGAAGUGUUGAAGGAGUUUCUCUACUGCCUGGCUUUGAAUCCUGAAUGUAACUCAGUGAAGAAAGAAGUGCAGAAGGUAAUGUGUGAGGUGUUUUUCCCUGCUUCAGAAAACGUGCCUCAGAAUUUAACAUCUUCCAUCCAAAGCAGAAUGUUGAACACAAGAUUAACGGCGCAGUGUCAGAACCACAUAAACAGCCAGCCUCCUGUGGAGGGAGGUGGCAGUGCAGGGAGUUCUAAGAAUCCAUCUGAGAAACAGGAUGUAUUUAGAAAUACCAAUUCUUCGGUGUUAUAUUUUAUACUGGGCCUACACUCUGAGGAGGAUAAGGAAGUGUUAGAAAGUUUUCUUCCAGCGGCGCUGAGCACUGGUUUAAAGAGACAGUUUCCGAAUGAUUUGGAGGAUGCGCACGAUGUGAACGGCCCUGGAAAAAUUCCCAAGAAAGAGGCUGAUUCCUCACCCCAAAGGAACGUGAGCUCUAACGUAGGAGAAAGUGCAGAGCUCCUGAUAGAUGUGGCUGAUUUUGAGUGUGCCCUUUGCAUGAGGUUGCUCUUUGAGCCUGUCACUACGCCCUGUGGACACAUGUUUUGCCUAAAAUGCCUCGAGCGCUGCCUGGACCAUGCCCCACAUUGUCCUUUGUGCAAAGAAAAACUCUCAGAAUUGUUGGCAAGCAGAAAUUUUCAUAUAACUACUCUGGCUGAAGAAUUAAUAUUUCGAUAUUUGUCAGACGAACUGUCUGACAGAAAGAGAAUUUAUGAUGAAGAAAUGAUGGAGCUUUCAAAUCUGACCAGGGAUGUGCCCAUCUUCGUGUGUGCCAUGGCCUUCCCCACCGUGUCCUGUCCGCUCCACGUCUUUGAGCCCCGCUAUCGGCUUAUGAUAAGAAGAUGCGUGGAAACUGGCACCAAACGGUUUGGCAUGUGUUUAUCUGCAGAGCACGCAGGGAUCUCAGAGUACGGCUGCAUGCUGGAGAUCAAGGACGUCAGGACGUUCCCCGACGGCAGCUCCGUCGUGGAUGCCGUCGGGAUUAGCCGCUUCCGGGUUUUGAGCCACCGUCACAGAGACGGCUACAACACGGCAGAUAUUGAGUAUCUGGAAGAUGAAAAGGUGGAAGGUGCAGAGUAUGAAGAGCUCACCGCCCUGCAUGAGUCCGUUUAUCAGCAGUCUGUGUCCUGGUUUGCUUCACUUCAGGAUCACAUGAGAGAACAGAUCUUAAGCCACUUUGGGUUAAUGCCCGACAGAGAACCUGAGCCUCAGAGUAACCUUAGUGGUCCUGCCUGGUCCUGGUGGAUCCUGGCAGUGCUGCCGUUGGAGCGGAAGGCUCAGCUGGCCAUACUCAGCAUGAUCUCGCUGAAGGAGCGUCUGCUCGCCAUUCGGCGAAUAUUAGCCAUCAUCACGCGUAAGAUGAAUAGUCGGCAAGAGCUGGUUAACGGCCGGGAGAGAAAUAAUUGAUUUUCUCUCUCAGGGUUUCUGGAAGCCCUUGUGUUUUUAUGUGUUCCAGGCACAGACGAGUAACAUCCAUCCAUCGUGCUUUGUAAAAUGCUUGUUGAUAGGGUUACAGAUUGGAACACUUAGCAAACCUUGACCCCUACUCAAAAGUUGGAAGUCUGUGCCUGGUGGCAUCUGACUCUCUACAAGGUUAGCCUGAAAUUUGAAUGGAUCCCAUGGUUGGAAAACAACCUAAGAAAAUCUCUCUGAACCAGAUGUUUUCGGUGUGUAGUUCACUCACAACAGGGGACAACCCAGAUGAUUGACAGGUGGUUUAGGUUUUGCAAGAAAGAAGACUCCCUUCCCAGUGAAGUGUUCCCAUCAUGCUUUGGAGGGAAAUCACAUUUUUAUCUGGAAGUAUAUUUCUCAGAGUACAGGCUAACCAAAAACGCACUUAGGCUUUGAGUGUCACCGUGAAGUUGUCUGUGAAGGAAUCAAACAGUUGUCUAGCGGCAGGGCUGAAGUUAGUCCUUACCCGAGGAGUAGUACAGAACGGGUUAGAACUGCGUUUUGUGUCCUGCCGUAGUUCAGAUGUUGUAAAUUGCAUGUUUUAAUUAAUAUCAAAAUACAAGAAGGGUACCUUGGAUAUAGAAAAAUCUGAAAACAGUAUAGUUGAUUUGAGGGUAUGUACUUACACACACACACACACACACACACAACAAAGAAUGAAUAAAGGGAGCUAAAACUGUACAUGGACUGGGAUGUUCAGAAUACAACCAAAGGAGUGCAAAGAACCCCUUGAAACCAACCCUGUCUCAUUAAUUCAGUGGAUGUGAAGCAUGUAGGAAAUGUCAUCUUUCUACUCAGAUUGGCAUUAGAAACUAGGCCCAUCAGUAAAUUUGAGUUCACCAUCCAUCCACUAAUAUAUGAAGACAUUAAAAAGCUGCUAUGAAAUGGGUAUCUGCCUAUGCCAGGAAAACACAUCAGGACAGUAUACAAGGAGAGGGAGGCAGGUAUGGGAUGUAAGCAUGUAGCAAGUUUUUCUCCAACCCCAACCUGAAAAUUAUAUUUGUUUUCUUUUUUAGUAAGUUUUACAUUGAUCAGACCAGAUGUUAUCUAUUAAAAAGCAGUGGUGGGGCUUCCCUGGUGGCGCAGUGGUUGAGAGUCCGCCUGCCGAUGCAGGGGACGGGGGUUCGUGUCCCGGUCUGGGAAGAUUCCACAUGCCGUAGAGCGGCUGGGCCCGUGAGCCAUGACCUCUGAGCCUGCGCGUCCAGAGCCUGUGCUCCACAACGGGAAAGAACCCUGAACGAACCCUGAAUUGAAGAAUUGAACCCUGAAUGUUGCCAAGUAUCCCCUCCUCUCUACUAGGCCUAGAUGCUUAAGUCUAAGCCGUUGACUUCAGUCUCCUAGAAGGUCUUUUCACCCUUACAGUUGCUCACGUUAACUUCACCUGUCACUUACCCACUGCUAAAAAAAAUUACCAACAUCUGCUGGAUCCUAUAAAGUAGCUUUUAGUAGUGGAUCUUAGGUGUAUAUUCUAGUAGUGCAUAUUGAAAUAUUAGGCUAUUUCAGCAGCAUAAAAUAAAGGAGAAGUUAAAGUGCCACCAUUGUACUUGGCCACGUUGGGAACCGUACCUCUGAUUUGUGCCCGGGUCUUAAUGUGUAACGGUGACUGAGUAACAAUACAGAGAGGUCCAUGCCAUUGAAGGAAGAGUUUACUGUUAUUCGCAGUUCUGUUAGAAAUGAGAGGCACGGCACUCGGGGCUACUUGGGGAAGCACCCAGCGUCCGGAGGCAGAGACAGCAGUGAAGGGAAGGCAUGGGGCAUUGUAUUUUGGCAGGAAAGGGGAAACGGCAUGGCUCGUUUGUAUAAUGUCGGUGGGCUGUGGGCUGCAGGGUGGUCUCUAGUUGUCUGGUACCGGCCCUGGGUGAUUCGGGCAGAGGAAUAUUGCCUCUUGGAGGGUAAGAGCCGUCAGAGGAGGUGGCUCAGAGUGUGAGCGCUGGAUUGUUGGGUUUUGUAUGAAAGUCGUGCUCCCUUGUGAGCCCUUUGCUGUCUCUUAAGUAUUGGCUACCCCAGAAGGGGCCAUCUCUCCCCUGUCAGGGAGGCCCCCAAGAAGUCAAAAUAUCAUAAAAAUAUUUUUUAAAAACAUGAUUAAUACAAUUAGUCCUCUGAUGUUUUGACAUCAUAUUAAGGAAACUUGGGGUGAUAACAGAGACAAUGGAGACAUUUAGAGAAUAGGGCAUAAGUUACCUUAAACAGCAUAGAAAGCAUUUUUUAUGAGAGUAAAAUAAAGCACAGAGGAACACUGGUGAAGGUAUAAGGAGUCCUUGAGCCCGGCUCAUAAUUAAGUUUCCCAUUUAUAUGGCAUUAGCCAAGAUCACAG